GGUCAGCCACCAAAGGUAGCGAGACAUGCAUCUGAGUCUUCUGCUUCGCAAGCAUUCAGUAGCAGCGGAAUGUCGACGUUCGGAUCCAAGGCGGUCGCGACGCCUUCGGCGUCUCUCAUAUCUUCCCCAGGUGUUCAAUCUACGAGUUCUAUCACGUCCGCCACAAGCGCACCUGCUAGCAAUCCAACCCAAGCACUAAAUUCAAGCACCUUACAAGACAUCGCCAUCAUUCACUCUCGAAGAUUGGACACAAUCAUAGACAGCAUCACAGGCACCCCGAGUGAUAUAGCAACUUGGAUCGCAGAUCUUCAGGGAGAUGGUAAAUGGCCAGACUCUGACAUCGAUUACACAGCUGGCUGUGAUGGUCGGAGAGCAAGCUGGCCAGCUGCAAAUCAUUGGGUUCGCAUCAGAACGAUGGCUGCUGCUUGGCACGGGGGACUCAAAGGCUACGAUCAAUACGUCAACAGUUCGACGCUAUUCACUGCCAUAGGCAACGCCAUGAACUACUGGUUCGAUAAUGACUUUACGAACGUCGGCUGUCUCGUUGAAGGAGGCACCGGCAGCUGUCCAUGCGGCACACCUGGUUACUGGAACACGAACUGGUAUUCCAACGUCAUCCUCAUCCCCGGUCUCGUUGCAGAGUCGUGUCUUUUCCUCAACGACACCCUGACACAUACACAAUUAGGCAACUGCAGCAAUAUCUCUCUACGUGCGUAUGGCGCGUUCGAUCACGGAUACAGCUUUGAGGCUGGAGCAAACAUUUUGGACAUGGCCAAAACCGGUUUGGAUCAAAGUCUUCUUGUGUCCAAUGUUUCUUUGCUCUCGGACGCGUACAGGAGAGUUCAUGACACCAUCGUCGUACAGGAAAAUAUCAGCAUAAUGGCUGAUGGAAUCCAAUCGGACGGCUCCUUCAGUCAGCACCGCGGGUUACUUUACAAUGGAAACUACGGGAAUGACUUCACCAACGACGUUCUCAUUUUCGAAACCGCAGCAGCCGGGACUGCAUUCGCGGCUGGCAUUAAGGCGAGGGCUGCCCUCGAGACAUUGAUCGAUGGAAACCAAUGGAUGAUAAAUUUUAAUGUCGAAACACAGGUGUUGCACUGGGAUCUUAGCCCAGUGGGUCGCUUCAUAAGCUCACCAGUGGCCGCCGGCCAAGCAAGUUCUGGUAUCCUAACGAACUUCUCAAAGGUGGAAGAGCUUGGCGAGCAAUGGAAUUCGGACGUUCUCGUUAACUUUGCGAGAAGUCUUUCGUCGAACACAACCAAUGCAAACGCGGGAGGAUUACUCGGAAACCGUAUGUUCUAUAACAAUGAUUACAUGGUUACUCGGGGUUCUGGCUAUGUUACAUCUCUCAAGAUGUACUCAACAAGAACCCGGAAUACAGAGUGUACGAACUCACAGAACCUUCUUGGUUUCCAUCUCGCCGACGGCGUCGUUUACACAUACCUCCAAGGCGAUGAGUAUGAAGAUAUAGCCGCGGUCUGGGACUGGAACCUCAUCCCAGGUAUCACCGUCGACUACAAUGCCACGGCCCUCGACUGCCAACAUACCAACUAUAUCGGAAAGGAAGCAUUUGUCGGUGGUGUCAGCGAUGGACAAGUCGGCGUCGCAGCCAUGCGUUAUACCAACCCUAUGACCGGGUCCUUGUCGUGGCAAAAGACAUGGUUCUUCCUCGAGGACGACAUUCAAUACGUGAUGAUCGCCAACAUCUCCUCAAAGACGGAUGCCCCUGUGUUUUCUGUUCUCGACCAAAGACGUUUCAGAGGGCCUACCGUAUUUGUCAAUGGUAUGGGGACUCUCGGGGGGAACUUCACAGACCCCCACACUCUGUGGCACGGUGACGUCGGGUACGAGUUCCGAGGAGCUAACGAAGCAUAUGAACUGUCCCUUGAAUGGGGCAAAAGGACAGGUGACUGGUCCAGCACAGGUAUAUUUUCUGGUCAAGAAACAGUCAACUUGUUCGCUGCUCGGUUGCACCACAAAGACCUCAGCGCCCCCAUCUCCUAUGCUGUUUACCCUGCAGUUGAUUACGGCACAUUCGCUCUCAAACACGCAUUUACUCACUUGACGGAGGUCCAGAAUGACGCUUCUGUGAGCGCUCUUUUGGAUGAAGACCACUACACUGUCUUUGGUGUCUUCUGGGACGCAGCGGGCGGUUCGUUCACAUUCACCGACGAGGUUUACGGAUCCAUGAAGAUCGAAUCAAGUGCUCAUGCCGCUUUCAUCUACCGCAUAGACACGGGUAACAUCACUGUGGUUGAUCCCUCACGAAUGUCAUCGCACUUGACCCUCAAAAUUUCCGUGGAUGACGGACUGGGAGGGCCUUGUGAAUGGGGAGGGGAGAGCAGUGUUACCGUGCAUUUUGACCUGACUAGCAGCGAGUUGGCAGGCAGUAGCAUCAGCCAGAUCCUAAAUUAUUGAUGAGAACUCUCUACAUACAUAUCUGCAUCAUCAACAUAUACUUACCUUCUCGCACAUAGAUAUUGCUGGUCAUUAGUGCACCUG